UCUGAGUAGGUACAUCUGGUACAAUCUGAAAAAGAAACAACCUUUAUUAAUAUUUUGUGCUUUUGUAUUUUGCAGCUGUCAGGAUGAGGCUACUCCUUGGUCUGUGCACUGUUUUGAUGAUGCUCUGCACUUCUGUGCUGAAUGACCGCAGUGCAGGUGGUCACCAUCAGAGGGAAGCUCAUCAACAAGAGGAUGGGCAUUGGCAUGGACGUGGGCAUGGACAUGGACAUGGACAUGGACACAGAGAGGGACAUGAGCAUGGGCGUGGGCACCGUCACAGGAAGGGACAUGGGCGUGGCCAUGAGCACAGGCAUGGACACCACAAUGGGCACCAUGGACAGGGACAUCAUCACCAUCACCAUCACCAUCACCAUCACCAUCACCAUGAACGACAUAGAAAUGGGAGCCUCUUGAUAUUCAGACAGAAUGCGGAAUUUGCCUUGCAUCUGUACAAGUGCAUUGUUUCCCAGCCCGAUUCCCAAUGGAAGAACGUCUUAUUCUCCCCACUGAGUGUGUCACUCGCCCUGGCUGCUCUUUCUCUGGGAGCAAAGGGCGAAACACACCGGCAGCUCUUCAGUGGCCUCGGCUUCAAUGAAACAGAAAUCACUGUGGAGGAAGUGAACGAGGCCUUUCACCAGAUCCUCUUAGACCUCAGUCAGAAGACAGAUGUUGAUCUUUCAGUGGGCAGCGCUCUGUUUAUGAAUGACACCUUCCAACCUCAGCCAGAAUUUCUGGAGAGUAUGAAGCGUUACUACCACUCAGAAGCUUUUACUGCAGAUUUCACCAAGACCACUGGGACCACAGACCUUAUUAAUAAAUAUGUAAAUGAUAAAACUGAUGGCAAAAUUAACAAACUAAUUCAAAAUCUGGAUCCAAAUACAGUUAUGUAUUUAAUCAGCUAUAUGUAUUUCAAGGGUAAAUGGGAGAUUCCAUUUGAUCCUGAAGAUACACAAGAAAGUUUCUUCCAUGUAAACAAAACACAUAAAGUUCCUGUUCAAAUGAUGAAGAACUCAGGCUCAUUUCUCGUUUAUCAUGACAAAAAAGAAUCCACACAUGUUCUCCAGCUAUAUUACAACGAAUCUGUCUCAAUGAUGCUGAUUCUCCCUGAACAUGGCUUAAAGGCAUUAGAGAAAGUGUUAUCUGGAGAUCUUCUUUCGAAGUGGCGUAGAUCACUGAAGAAGAAGGAGUGUGAUGUUUAUAUCCCAAAAUUUUCCAUUGAAGCAUCAUAUGAUCUGAAAGACAUUCUGACUGGAAUGGGAAUCACUGACAUAUUUAGUGCAGGCGCUGACUUCACAGGAAUCUCAGACAGUCCAUUAGUUGUGUCACAGGUUAUUCAGAAGGCCAAUAUUGAUGUUGAUGAAUCAGGAUCCACAGCAACCGCAGCAACUGGAGUAAAGAUUAUGUUUUAUUCUCCACGAUUUCCCUUUACAUUGAAUUUUAACCAUCCUUUCAAGUUCAUAAUAAGCAAUCACAAAACCAGGAGUAUACUGUUCAUGGGAAAAGUUGUAAAUCCCACAGAAAAUCAAACAAACAAAUGAAUAUAUGUAUGUAUGUGUAUAUAUAUAUGUAUGUAUAUACAGUAUAAUUAUGAAUUUAUACAUACACAUACAUGAUCUAUUUGUAUGCAUCAUUUUUUGUUGAUUACCUUAUUCCAUGUUAUAAAUUGCAUGAAGAAUUCAACAGAUAUCUUAAUUUUCAAAAAAUAUGUUAAAUACUAGAAAUGAA